AAGCAGGAACGGUGGAGGAGUUUCACUGUUUUGCUACUGUAAAAUCUUUGGGUAGUGAAUCGCUAGGAGAGAUACAGGGGAAGAACGGAGCCGAAUUGACGAGCGUUCCCCGAUAAUGCUAUUUUAAAAUGAUAGUGACUGAAUAAAGUUUUUUUUACAUGAGAUGGACAAUUAGUACAGACAAAAGUUUAUUUGCCUAGGCUUUGAAGAGUUUGCGAGCAGCUACCUAACUAGCUAUGCUAACGUUAGCUAGCGAGCUAGAUACAACUGUAAACAUGGUUUAAAUUGGUUGCUCACUUGACGUUAUAUUGCAGUAAUUUUAGAGUAUGAAUUAUGUUAUGAAUGUGUGUCUGUCGUAGCCAAUACCGUAUUUAGGAUACAUUUAUGCUUGGAUUCAAACAGCCGCAGUGUGUACACAAAUCAAACAACUGCAGCAGAGGCAGAUGAUGGAGGAGCUGUGGAGACGUGGCAUGCCCCUGUCAGAUCGAAUGGAAAAUGACCCCCCAGCCGAUAUGGCCCCAGGGUCCACGACCACAGCGGCCCCGUCGGGCUCCAAUGCCUCCUGGGUGCCAGACACCCCCCUGGUGACCCCUGAGGAACCAUACUUCCUCAUGACCUCCACUGCCCAGACCGUGUCAGGGUUCUUUGUCUGGACAGCCCUGCUAAUAACCUGCCACCAGAUUUACAUGCACCUGCGCUACUACAGCUCUCCCAAUGAGCAGAGGCACAUAGUUCGCAUCCUCUUCAUCGUUCCCAUCUACGCCUUUGACUCGUGGCUCAGCCUCCUCUUCUUCACUAACGAAGAGUACUACGUCUACUUUGACACGGUCCGCGACUGCUACGAAGCGUUUGUGAUCUACAACUUCCUCAGCCUGUGUUAUGAGUACCUUGGAGGGGAGAGCGCCAUCAUGGCUGAGAUCAGAGGAAAGCCCAUUGAGUCCAGCUGUGUGUACGGCACCUGCUGUCUCUGGGGAAGGACUUACUCCAUUGGGUUCCUCCGAUUCUGCAAACAGGCCACUCUACAGUUCUGUGUGGUGAAGCCUCUGAUGGCCAUGAUCACAGUCAUCCUGCAGGCCUUUGGGAAGUACAGAGAUGGAGACUUCAAUGUGGCCAGUGGGUACCUGUAUGUGACCAUCAUCUAUAACUUCUCUGUCAGCCUGUCUCUCUACGCCCUCUUCCUCUUCUACUUCGCCACCCGCAACCUGCUGGUCCCCUACAGCCCCAUGCUCAAGUUCCUCAUGGUCAAGUCUGUCAUCUUCCUCUCUUUCUGGCAGGGUAUGCUGCUGGCCAUCCUGGAGAAGUGUGGAGCCAUCCCUAAAAUCAACUCUCCCGAAGUGUCAGUUGGGGAGGGCACGGUCGCCGCCGGCUACCAGAACUUUAUCAUCUGCAUUGAGAUGUUCUUUGCCGCUGUGGCCCUGCGCCACGCCUUCACCUACAAGGUCUACAUGGACAAGAGGCUGGACUCCUACGGUCGCUGCGCCCCAAUGAAGAGCAUCUCCAGCAGUCUGAAGGAGACCAUGAACCCCGGAGACAUGGUGCAAGACGCCAUCCACAACUUCUCCCCGGCCUACCAGCAGUACACACAGCAGUCCACCCUUGAGCAGCGCGGAGGGGCGCCGGUGUCCCGCAGCCACAGCAACCUCAGCACCCGCGACAAUGAGAAGACCCUGCUGCUCAGCUCCGACGAUGAGUUCUGAGCCCCCCUACACACCGACCGGUGGUACUACUGGGAGGUGGAGACGGGAGGGGCUUUAUGGACUCUACUAUAGUGCCGUAUGAAAUCGACAGGCUUGAGUCCUUUGGCUGAUCCACUUCAUUGCGUACAUGAACAUAGUACUCAUAUUCCUCAGUCUAUAUUGACAAUACAAGCAACCUACUACAUAGGGGUCCAUUGCCACAUACCCCUGCCAAUAUGGAUCAAUACAGAUACACACACUCGUGCAUAGACCAUUCCCAGGUGUCUUCAGGCUGUGUUUUAACACUACAAAAGGCCUACCACACAGAAAAACACUCACCAACCUGCAUGCCAUUGACAUGAGUACCAUUGAAAUAUUGUCAAUUAUACAGCAUCCCCCUCACCCUCCUGCCAGCUCUGCCUCUUGCUGAAAUGUUGCCAAAUAGAGGGAGAUCCCGCUUGGUCAGCAGGACCCUCUCUAAUUUAGAUUUCAGAGUGACUUGGAUAAGACACUAAGGGAUCCCGAAAUCACUGUAUAUUUUGAUGUUUAUUGACCUUGAUGGUAUUCUUCUCAUUUAAACAAAUCUAUUAUGAAGGGAGGUUAUUAUUAUAUGAUGUGUGUGUGUUGGCAUGAACAGGAAGGUACAGUGAGGAUAAUAUAAUUGGGGGUCAUUUGGGGUGUCUCCCGGAAUGUUAUGGUUGUUGUUGACAACGUAUUGAGGGAACAGCUGUUGACAGGUUUGGUGCGGAUUUCAGAUUAAAGAGGAACGGGCUUCUUAGCAGAGCUGGACCCGGCCGCAGCAGACAGGAUUAGAAUCCUGUAAUUGGGGCAUUAUGUGUGGCACAGAUCAGGCAUGUUUUACCAUUACGUUGGUCUAAUGGUCAUAUCGCGCCAAACUGCGCAUGUGCAGAACGUCUAAUUAAAGGAUGUCUUUUGAUAGUUUUUUGGACAAAAAUGAAAACUUGUCAGUUUGUCACUUUCACGAGGUUGGAGUAAUAAAUAACAUGUUCAACUACUUAAGACAUUGGCUCAAAUCUAGGGUUGUAUCUUUAGAUUGAGAAAAUAAACAACUAAUUUCACUGUUCUCAUCUCAAACCUCAGCCUGGUCUGUUUCGCAGGUGUUCCUGGAAGACUUCAAUGUUGCACCUCUGGAUUUAGAAACUCGGUGAAGUUGUCAAGGAUAUGGGGACCAUGCCAUUUUUCCCCCUGGUGGCAAGAGGCAGAGAGAUUUCCAGCCCAGCCUCUGGGAGGAGCCUGUUGAGCAGAAAUAGUUUCUUUGAAUACAUAGGCAUGGCUUGGCUAUCUUCAGCAUUAAUAUACAUCAGUUAUGCCUGAAUAUACCUGCUUUCUUCAUCAUGGCUGUUUUCUUGUCUUGUUAGGGUUGCUAUGUUGCUGCUCUGUGUCACUAGCCUCCUCAUUGAUUUUCUUCCUUUGAGUUUUUUUUGCUGAAGACAACACACAAACAGAUAAUUUUGAAACAUUUUACUCAUAAACCCCCCCCAAAAAACUUUUUUUUUUCUCCAAAACUGCAGUUUUACAAAAAAUGUAAAUAGGAACACUACCCAUAUUUGAAUACCUGAGUGAAGUGUUUUUCUACAGCGGGGGUUCUUAAACGUUUAUCUUGAAACCCAAAUUAGACAUUUUACCGUCCUCUUGUGACUCAAAUCUUCCUCUAACGACCCAAAUUAAGAAGAAAUGGUGUGUUAUUGUAGAUGUAUUCUCAUAACUCGCGACCCACCUCUCACAUGCCCAGGGUCCACUUCGUGAUAAAAAACCCUGGUCUACAGGGUCCAAUAAAUACAGUACCAGUCAAAAGUUUGGACACCUACUCAUUCCAGGGUUUUUCUUUAUUUGUACUAUUUUCUACAUUGUAGAAUAAUAGUGAAGACAUCAAAACUAUGAAAUAACACAUAUGGAAUCAUGUAGUUACCAAAAAAAAGUUUAACAAAUCAAAAUAUAGCCACCCUUUGCCAUGACAGCUUUGCACACUUGGCAUUCUCUCAACCAGCUUCAUGAGAUAGUCACCUGGAAUGCAUCAUUUAUAUUUUAUAUUUCUCAAAGUAGCCACCUUUUGCCUCGAUGACAGCUUUGCACACUCUUGGCAUUCUCUCAACCAGCUUCACCUGGAAUGCUUGAAGAAUUUCCCACAUAUGCUGAGCACUUGGCUGCUUUUCCUUCAGUUUGCGGUCCAACUCAUCCCAAACUAUCUCAAUUGGUUUGAGGUCGGGUGAUAGUCCCACUAAGUGCAAACCAGAUGGGAUGGCGUAUCGCUGUGGUAGCCAUGCUGGUUAAGUGUGCCUUGAAUUCUAAAUAAAUCACUGACAGUGUCACCAGCAAAGCACCCCCACACCUUCUCCAUGCGUCACGGUUGGAACCACACAUACGGAGAUCAAUCCAUUCACCUGCUCUGCGUCUCACAAAUGAAAAUCAAAUUUAUUUUUAUAGCCCUUCGUACAUCAGCUGAUAUCUCAAAGUGCUGUACAGAAACCCAGCCUAAAACCCCAAACAGCAAGCAAUGCAGGUGUAGAAGCACGGUGGCUAGGAAAAACUCCCUAGAAAGGCCAAAACCUAGGAAGAAACCUAGAGAGGAACCAGGCUAUGUGGGGUGGCCAGUCCUCUUCUGGCUGUGCCGGGUGGAGAUUAUAACAGAACAUGGCCAAGAUGUUCAAAUGUUCAUAAAUGACCAGCAUGGUCAAAUAAUAACAAGGCAGAACAGUUGAAACUGGAGCAGCAGCACGGCCAGGUGGACUGGGGACAGCAAGGAGUCAUCAUGUCAGGUAGUCCUGAGGCAUGGUCCUCCGAGAGAGAGAAUUAGAGAGAGCACACUUAAAUUCACACAGGACACCGAAUAGGACAGGAGAAGUACUCCAGAUAUAACAAACUGACCCUAGCCCCCCGACACAAACUACUGCAGCAUAAAUACUGGAGGCUGAGGCAGGAGGGGUCAGGAGACACUGUGGCCCCAUCCGAGGACACGUCGGUUGGAACCAAAAAAUCUCCAAUUUGGAGUCAGAGCCAAAGUACAGAUUUCCACCAGUCUAAUGUCGUGUUUCUUGGCCCAAGCAAGUCUUAUUAUUUGUGUCCUUUAGUAGUGGUUUCUUUGCAACAAAUCGACCAUGAAGUCCUAAUUCACACAGUCUCCUCUGAACAGUUGAUUUUCAUGUGUCUGUAACAUUUAUUUGGGCUGGUAACUCCAAUGAACUUAUCUUCUACAGCAGAGUUAACUCUUGGUUUUCCUUUCCUGUGGCAGUUCUCAUGAGAGGUUUUUGCGACUGCACUUGAAGAAACUUUCAAAGUUCUUGAAAUUUUCCGGAUUGACUGACCUUCAUGUCUUAAAGUAAUGAUGGACUGUCGUUUCUCUUUGCUUAUUCAAGCUAUUCUUGCCAUAAUAUGGACUUGGUAUUUUACCAAACAUAUUCUGUAUACCACCCAUACCUUGUCACAACACAACUGAUUGGAUCAAACUCAUUAAAGAAGGAAAUAAAAUUACAAAUUAACAAGGCACACCUGUUAAUUGAAAUGCAUUCCAGGUGACUACCUCAUGAAGCUGGUUGAGAGAAUGCCAAGAGUGUGCAAAGCUGUCAAGGCAAAGGGUGGCUAUAUUUUGAUUUGUUUAACAGUUUUUUGGUUACUACAUGAUUCCGUAUGUGUUAUUUCAUUAGUUUUGAUGUCUACGCUAUUAUUACACAAUGUAGAAAAUAGUAAAAAGUAAUGAUAAACCCUGGAAUGAGUAGGUGUGUUCAAACUUGACUGGUACUGUAUAUUUCAUAGGUUUGAAUGUUAAGUAUAGGCUACAUACACUUAAGUGAUUGUUUUAAUGAUGUGCCCUAUGCUGUGUCUUUUGAUUAAAAUGAAUAUAUUAUUCCUGAAAAGACAGGAUAUUGUAUAUAAAGUUGAACUAGAUAAUGGAAUAUGUUUAUUGGUGGGUAUAAUUAAUGAUAAAGCACAGAAUGCUUACUUCUGUAUCGUCUUUGCUCCAUAUUCCUUAUAUUUUGUUUCAUACUUUUGUGUUCAUUUGUAUAUUGGUAUUAUUCUGCUUUAAAGAUUCUGAUGCAAUGUUUUGUCUUUGUGGCAUUUAAACAACUGCAGAAUAAAAAGACAGAUCAAAUUGAA